CCUAUAGCUAAAAUUCCUAUUGUUAUUUGCCAAUGGUUUAUUAUAGGAAAUUAUAAAUAAAAAAACAAGACAGAGAUCUUUAAUAUUGAAGUUAAUAAUUAAUAGAGUAGAAAUUUUUUUAUAACGAAUUACAAUUCUCAUUAUAUGUUUACAAUUCACUUUCCUAAUCGAACAAGUUUACACCUCAAUUAUCGGAUUAUAUCCAAUAUUUAAAAAUUUAUAAUUCACUAGUAUAUUAUAAUGCGAAUCAAUAAAACUACUGUUACUGUGUUAUUCAGUUGUGUUAUCAUAAUAUACCUAAUUCAUCGUAAUAAGAAAACGGCUACUAAAAUUAAUCUAAAAGAACUCCUAAAUUUUGCAAUAUAUGCUUCUCGAAGAGGAGGAAAUGUUAUAAUUCAAAAUAAAAAUAAUCUUGUGAUAAAGAAUAAAGGAUUAACAAAGGAAGGUCUUGCAGAUAAAGUAACAAGUGCUGAUUAUUUAUCUCAUUGCACAAUGGUAAAAACGUUGAAACAUAAUUUUCCAAGUUUAAAUAUCAUAUCAGAAGAAUCAGAUACAUUGUGCUCGGUGAAUGACGAAGUUGAAAAAGUUAGUGAAGGUUAUUUAUAUGAUUUGGAUUAUGUAGAUGAAGAAUGGGUGAAAUCAGAAGAUCUAACUGUUUGGAUUGAUCCCUUGGAUGCAACUCAUGAAUUUACAGAAAAAUUAUACCAGUAUGUUACCACCAUGGUGUGUGUUGUUGUUCAUGGUAAACCUAUAAUUGGAGUUAUACAUAAGCCAUUUGAGAACAUUACUUCUUGGGCAUGGAUAGGAAAGGCUAAAUCUACUGAUCUAGAUUACAAGGGAAAGGUAGACAAUAAAAAUCUAAAAAUAUCCAUAUCGAGGUCUCAUAGUGGACGAAUUAAAGAAAUUCUUGAUGAUAAACUCAAAAAUUACGAAAUUGUUGAAGCUGCUGGGGCUGGCUAUAAAUCUCUUCAGGUAGCAUAUAGAGAAGUGGACGCAUACCUUCAUAUUACUGCCAUAAAAAAAUGGGAUAUUUGUGCUGGAAAUGCAAUCCUAGCUGCAGUGGGUGGACAGAUGACUGACAAAGAAAAUCAAAUAAUUGAUUUCUCUAAAGAUUCCAAUGCAAUAAAUGAAAAUGGAUUGAUAGCAACCUUAGACAAUCAUGAAAAAUUUUUGGGAUUAUUGUGAAAUAGUGUUUAUUAGAUAACAAGUGAAGAAGC